CUCGCGGAAUUAAGUCGUUGAAAAUGGAAAGCAAAUAAAUUAAAAUAAAAUCCAGUAGUAUCAAGUGCCUUUUCAAUUGUCUAUUUAUCUUAUCAUAAAAAACAGGAAUAGCUUCGAAUCUUAUCGAAAAAAAAAAAUGUUUAUUUAUGGUGAAGAUUGUGUUUGGGUGAAGCCCAUUUUAACGAAAAAUAAUGGAGAGUAUGACGUGCCAUUUGCAGCGAAAAUACAAAGCACAGACAAAGAUCGAUUGCUUGUCACAGAUGAUGAUGGCAAAGAAUUUUGGAUUACGAAGAAUCAAAUCCUUAAAGCUAUGCACUCAACAUCAAAUGACACCGUAGCUGAUAUGAUAGCUUUAUUUGAACUAGAAGAACACACGAUUUUAAGAAAUUUGUGCAUGAGAUACAUGAAGAAGGAAAUUUAUACGUACAUAGGAUCAAUGCUAGUUGCUAUAAAUCCGUACGAAAUUUUACCAAUCUACACAAAUAAUGAAAUCAAUCACUACAAGAACCAAAACGUGCACAUGCAUUCUACGCCUCAUAUAUUCGCAAUAGGAAACAACGCUUACAAGGAAAUGAGAACAAAAAACAGAAAUCAAUGUAUUGUAAUUUCCGGUGAGUCUGGAGCUGGCAAGACCGAGAGUACAAAAUUGAUUUUACAAUAUUUGGCUGCGGUGAGCGGAAAGCAUUCGUGGAUCGAACAACAGGUGCUUGAUUCAAAUCCAAUUAUGGAAGCAUUUGGAAAUGCUCGCACCAUAAGAAAUGACAAUUCGUCGAGAUUUGGAAAAUAUAUUGACAUUUUCUUCAAUGAUUCGGGAGCUAUUGAAGGAGCUAAAAUUGAACAUUAUUUGCUUGAAAAAUCUAGAAUUGUGUCUGCAAGUAAAGGCGAGAGGAACUAUCAUAUAUUCUAUGCUAUGCUAGCAGGCUUAUCAAAGGAAGAGAGGAAAAGGUUAGAACUUGAAGAUGCAACCAAAUACAAUUAUCUUACUUGUGGUGGCAUCAUUAAGUGUGAAAAUAGAAAUGACGCAAAUGAGUUUACAGCCAUUAAGUCUGCGAUGAGUGUUUUAUCGUUUAGUGAUGAAGAAUUUUGGGAAAUUAUCAAGCUAUUGUCAGCAAUUUUACAUAUGGGAAAUUUAAAGUAUAAGGCAACCACUGUACAAAACCUUGAUGCAUGUGAAAUUGCUGAUAGUUUGAACAUAGCAAGGAUAGCAAGAGUUCUUGAAGUCCCACAGCAACUAUUAAAUAAUGCACUUCUACAGAAAACAAUUUUCGCUCAUGGUGAACGCGUUACAUCAAGUUUAACCAAAGAACAAGCUAUUGAAGCUCGUGAUGCAUUUGUAAAAGCAAUAUAUGGUAAAUGCUUUGUAAUGAUUGUUGAGAAAAUUAACCAAACAAUUUACAAAACAAUAAAAAAGAAGUGUUCUAUCGGCGUGCUGGAUAUAUUUGGUUUCGAGAAUUUUGGAUCAAAUAGUUUUGAGCAACUUUGCAUUAACUAUGCAAAUGAAAAUCUACAACAAUUUUUUGUAAAAUACAUCUUCAAACUCGAGCAGGAGGAAUAUACAAAUGAAGGAAUUGAUUGGCAAAAUAUUGAGUUUAUUGAUAAUCAAGAGAUCCUUGAUAUGAUUGGAUUAAAGCCAAUGAACAUAAUGGCAUUGAUAAAUGAAGAGACAAUCUUUCCAAAAGGUUCAGAAUCAACACUCGUUGCUAAAUUACAUACAACACAUGGUACAAAGACGAUUUAUGUAAAGCCAAAAUAUGAAGAUUCAAGUGAAUUUGGCAUACAACAUUAUGCUGGAAAUGUGUUUUAUAAUUCAAAUGGAUUUCUUGAAAAGAACCGAGACUCAUUCAAUUAUGAUUUGAAGGAAUUGAUUAUGAAAACAUCGAACAAAUUUUUAUUGAGCCUCUUUUCGGCAGAUGAUGCUUUAGAUACAUCAAAGAAAUCGAUUACUUUGUCAUUACAAUUUAGAAAUUCACUUGAAGCUCUGAUGAAGACACUCCUUGCUUGCGAUCCUUCAUUUGUAAGAUGCAUUAAACCAAACGAGCUACAACGACCAAAUAUAUUAGAUAAGCCUCUUUGUGUUCGACAAUUGCGCUAUUCAGGAAUGAUGGAAACAGCCAAAAUACGAAAAGCUGGUUUUGCUAUUCGACAUACUUAUAAAGACUUUGUAACGCGUUAUCGAUUCCUUGUAAAGGGGAUUACAACAAAAUCAGAUUUCCGUUCAGCUGCAAAUAAAAUUUGUACACAAAUCUUAAGCUCAAUGCCCAAUUACGCUUUUGGCAAAACUAAAAUAUUCUUAAAAGAGCAGCACGAUAUGCUUCUUGAAACUAUGAGAAAUGAUAUUUAUAUGAGUGCAAUAGCUGUGAUUCAGCGUGGAUUUAGAAGAUUGAUAUUUAAAAAGUUUAUGCAACGAUACAGAAAUGCCGCAACUGUUAUUCAGAAAAACUGGCGUGCUCGUGCACCACGUCAAAGAUUUCUUACUAUGCAACGUGGAUUUAAACGUCUACAAGCUGCAAUUCACUCAAAAGCAGAUGCAAAUCGAUACGAUAAUUUGAGAAAUUCAUACAUUUGUCUUCAAGCAAGAUGUCGAGGGUUCUUAACCCGUAGAAACUUGUUGAGUAAAAUUUCAGAAAAAUCACAACGAAUGACUGAACUUGGAAGAUUACGUGUCCAAGAAGAGCAAGAGCUUAAAAAGGCAAAUCAUCCUCGUUGGAAGCAAGAAGCUGAGAUGCGUUUUCUUACACGUCUUUCUACAUUAAAUAAAGAAUUAAAAAUAGAAACAGAAAGAAAAUCAAAUCAACAAUACCAAAUGAGCAUUGAAGAGGAAGAUAAAUUAGUUGACGAUGUCUUUAGUUUCCUAACAGAACUUCCCACGCCAGUUGCAAAGCCUCGAACAACUUACACUCCAUCAUAUAAAAGCUUUGGAACAAGCACAGAUGAUUUGAAAAGUAAUCAACAUAACAAUGAAGUUGUAUCUAUGCAAAAAGGAGAAAAAUUCCAAAAAGAAGAUUUGUCAGCAUACACAUUUCAAAAAUUUGCGGCGACGUAUUUCUUAACAAAUGUCUCUUAUCAGUUCAGCAAGAGAACUAUCAAGACUUCUCUUUUGGAUUUGCCAAUGAUGAUGCAAGUAUCUGCUCAAGCUUUAUGGAUUACAAUAUUGAGAUUUAUGGGUGACUUGGGCGAAGCAAAAUAUGAAGAUAUAGAAAAGGAGACAUUUUCACGACAAAAUGUAAUGCAAAAAAUAACUUCAACAUUAGGAAGAAGGUCACAACUAACAAAAGAAUUUCAAGGAAUUCUACAAACCAAACAUCCUGAACGUAAACUUCUUUAUGCAACUUUAAAAAAUAAAAAUAAGCUAUCACGUGAAUUUAUGCAACUUGUACAUAAUAGUGAAGAUUUGCAGCAAUAUCAAGAAUGGAUAAACAUGCGAAGCAGUCAUCUUGAUAAAUUGCAUUUCAUUGUAGGGCAUGGGAUAUUACGUGAAGAAUUGCGAGAUGAAAUAUAUUGUCAAAUUUGCAAGCAACUUACCAAUAAUCCAACAUCAAUAUCAUUUAAAAAAGGAUGGAUUCUUAUGGCUUUAUGCAUUGGAUGCUUUCCACCUUCAUUAAACUUUGAACCUUAUUUAAGACAAUUUAUAAGAACCGGUCCUGAAUUGUAUGCACCAUAUUGUGAAAAUAAAUUGGAUAGAACAUUUCAAAAUGGUGUAAGAAAGCAGCCACCAUCAUGGCAUGAAAUGCAUUCAUCUAAGUCCACUGAACCGAUUGUCGUAACAGUUAACUUAAUGGAUGAAACAUCUAUAAAUGUUGAAAUAGAUUCGUCUUCGACUUCAAAUGAAGUUUGUAUUGCUGUCGCAAAAGCUAUACAUUUAAAAGACCUUUUGGGAUUCUCCCUUUUUGUGACGAUUGAAAAAAAAGUAAUGUCUUUGGGAUGUGAACAUCAAUUUGUAUUUGAUGCGGUAUCUCGUUGUGAACAAUAUGCAAAAGAACAUGGAAUUACUGAAAAAAAUGUCAAGUGGCAAUUAUAUUUACAAAAGGAAAUGUUUACGCCUUGGUACAACCCAAUGACAGAUCCCGUUUCAACGAAUUUAAUUUACCAUCAACUUGUCAAAGGUUUUCAUUCUGGUGAUUAUGCAUGUACAACAGAAAAGGAUAUAGCGAUGAUUUUGGCAUUACGUUAUUAUGCUGAAAUUGGUUCAAAAUAUGAAAAAGAAAAAAUGAUGUCGAAAAUUGCUGAUUUUCUUCCAAUAUCUAUUUACCGAAAAGAAACUGCAUCUAAAUGGGAAGUAGUAGCUGCAAAUUCUUUCAUUAGAAGCAGAUGUGUUCGUGAUAAUUUACCAGCAAUAGCUGCUAAAGAAGACAUCGUGUUCUUUGCAAAAAUCACUUGGGUUUUGAAAUUUUCAAGAUUUUUCGAAGUAUUGAAAAUUGAGGACGAGGCUUCCGAUACUGGUGACAAUGUUUUUAUAUUAGCUAUUAAUUGUACUGGAGUUUAUCUAAUUGAUAGCCAGGAGCAAGUUUUACUUGAGUUAUCAUUUCCUGAAAUCUCAAAUGUGACUUAUAAGGAAAAUGAAGAAACAAAUGCAAAUGCAACAUUUACAUUAAUCACUAUAGCUAGUGAAAUAUUGAAAUUCAAAUCACACGACUCUUUUAUAAUUUUUAAAUGGAUUAAUUUUCUAUUAAAUCAUUUAAAGAAAAAGUCAACUUAUGCAGUAGCUAUUCGUUCUUUUGUGAAGGAAUUGACAGAUGAAAAUGUUGAAGAUUAUUUGGAACUGAAAAGGGGUGAUUUAGUUAUGCUGGAGCAAACAGGUGAAACUAUUUCCAACUCAACCUCUAUGUGGACUACUGGAAAAGUAAAAGAUAAAAAAGGAUAUUUCCCAAUAGAUUCUAUUAUGAUUCUUCCAUGCAUUGAACCACCAAAUAAAGAAGUCAUUGCACUUUAUGCUAGAGACGGUCAUAAAAAAGUUGCAGAACCCAGAAGCAAAUAUAAUACUUUACAACGUCAGAAGAUGCACACUCUUAAAUUUUUUGCAGAGCAACAUUUUAGACCAAACAUUGAAAUUACUAAUAUGUAUGGAACAUUAAAUACAUUCAGAAGACAAUACCGUGAAAUAUGGUGCAAUUCACGGGAACCAAUAAAAUCACCACUUUUAAUGAAACUUCAAGGUGAAGGUGAUAGAUCCAAUCUAGCAGUUCAAAUGUUUAUUAGCAUUAUGAAGUACAUGGGAGAUUUGCCUCAGUCAAAAAAUUCUAUUUCGCACGCUGAACAAGUCUUUGAAAUUGUCAUGAAGGAUGAAGCACUUUGGGAUGAAUUAUACUGUCAAAUUAUGAAGCAACUGACUGAAAAUAAUAUUAAUUCAAGUGAGGAACGUGGAUGGGAUUUAAUGUGGCUUGCAACAGGUCUGUUGUCACCAACACAGCUCCUUUUGAAAGAACUUCAAGAAUUCCUUAAGACAAGACCUCAUCCUGUUGCAAAAGAAUGUCUUCAAAGAAUUCAGAAAACUUUAAAGAAAGGCAACAGAAAAUGUCCUCCAUAUAUUGUGGAAAUUGAAUCAAUCAGGCAACGAUCAAUUCAUAUUUAUCAUAAAAUAUAUUUCCCAGAUGACACAGAAGAACCUUUUGAAAUUGAAUCAUCUACAAAAGCAAGAGAUUUGAUUGAGCAAAUAUCAAAAAGUUUUGAAAUGAAGUCAAGUGAAGGAUUUAGCCUGUUUGUAAAAAUAACUGAUAAAGUUAUUUCUGUUCCAGAAGAUUAUUAUAUCUUCGACUUCAUUUAUGAACUGAUUGAUUGGGUCAAGAGUCAAAUGCCUUCAAGAGUCGAUCAACAACAUAUUCAGCUUCACUAUCAGUUAUUUUUCCUGAAAAAAAUGUGGAUUAACUUUACACCUGGAUAUGAUCCAAUUGCAGAUGAUGUCUUCUAUUUCUAUCAGGAAUUGCCAAAGUAUUUGAAUGGAUACUACAAGAUUACAAAAAGUGAGGCAGUCAACAAUGGUGCUUUAAUUUAUCGAGUUUAUUUUGGAAAUGAUAAAACAAAAUUUCAACACCUUCAAGGUCUCAUCAAUCAACUUGUACCAGAAGAUUUAAGUAAAGAUCAGAAAACUGAUGAUUGGAAAAAACAAAUUUUAUCAGUUUACUCCAAACAAAUAGAAAUGACCGAAAGUGAAUGUAAAUUAGAAUUUCUUAAAUUUCUCCAAAAUCAAGAUAUGUUUGGAUCUACAUUUUUUGUUGUAAAUCAAAAAACAAUCAAUCAUUUUCCACCAACAUUGCUUAUAGCGAUUAAUAGAAAUGGAUUCUAUAUUAUGGAUGCUAAAAAGAACAACUUGAAAUCAUACUCAUACAAUGAAUUAAGCUUUUGGAGUUCUGGAAAUACAUACUUUCAAAUAACAUUCGGGAAUAUAAUGGGUGGCACGAAGCUUUUGUGUGAAACGACUCAAGGAUACAAACUGGAUGAUUUGUUGUCGUCUUAUAUUCAACAUUUCAACAAAAAACAGCUAUCCAUUAAUGUUUCUAAUAGAAACUUUAGUAAAGAUCAAAAUAUAAAAGUUAUGAUAAAAUAAUUAAGAAUUAUAAAAUAUCUUCUUAUUUUUUUUGGAUUUUUUUCUUGCAACAAUUUACCCUUACACUCUUACACAUUUAAAAUUUACUUUUUUGGUUCUCUUACAACAAUGAAAUAAAGAAAAUAAAAAAUUUAAAAUGAGA